CUAGCGCACUCGCUGUUUUGGCCAAAAUUCCGCUAAAAGAGCAUCACAGCUGGCGGACGACGCAAUUCGUCAGUUGAUUUUACCAAACAAUAGCACAAAAUAGUGCAAUGUUUUCGAUAUUUGGCAAACGCAAGCCCGCGGAAACGCCCACAGAUGACCAGCCCAUUCAGGGACCGGCUGAGGCAACACGUCCAGGCACGAGCGGCGAUGAUUUCGUGUUCAUAGAGCGCAAACCAGGACCGGAUGCUCCUCAUCCGGGCGUUCCGACCGGCUCCAUGUAUCCACCCAUGCCGCCAGCGGGCUAUCUGCCCUAUCCGCCGAUGCCAGGACCGCGCAGCGAUCAAGUGAAGCAGCCCGGCGCCCAAGGACCCGUCAACUACUUGCAGGACAUUCCCUUCGAGCUGGCACCCGGAUUGGCCACCAAGGAUCGCUACACCAGCACCCAGAUGCAGGUGGACAGCAUACUGGCGCUACUAACACGCCAGCUGUCCGUGGACGAGCUGGCCGAGGAGUACACCUUCGCCCUGGAGCGAUCCGUGCAGAACGAGUGUUACUAGCUUUAGUCCACAGAUCCACUGGUUACUAUACAUGCAUACAUUACACUACAUAUAAUAAAACGUUGCUUAUUUAAUUGUAAACCACA